AAGUUUCUCCUCCUCCCCGCCCGGUGGCUCAGUAGUGAGAUUGAGUCUGCUCAGAUUUACAUACUAAAGAAGUAUAUAAGUGAGCGAUUUGGACAUCAUGGGCAUCAAAUUCUUGGAGGUGAUAAAGCCGUUCUGUGCAGUGUUGCCAGAAAUCCAAAAGCCUGAAAGGAAGAUCCAGUUCAGGGAGAAGGUGUUAUGGACUGCCAUCACUCUCUUCAUUUUCCUAGUGUGUUGCCAGAUCCCACUCUUUGGCAUCAUGUCCUCUGACUCAGCCGAUCCAUUUUACUGGAUGAGAGUAAUUCUGGCCUCAAACAGAGGUACGCUGAUGGAGCUGGGUAUCUCACCUAUUGUCACCUCAGGCCUGAUAAUGCAGCUGCUGGCUGGAGCAAAGAUCAUUGAAGUUGGAGACACACCAAAGGACAGAGCCCUCUUCAAUGGAGCUCAGAAAUUGUUUGGGAUGAUCAUCACUAUUGGCCAGGCCAUUGUGUAUGUGAUGACUGGCAUGUAUGGAGAUCCCUCAGAGAUGGGCGCGGGAAUCUGUCUGCUCAUCAUCAUUCAGCUGUUUGUGGCUGGACUGAUUGUGCUGUUGCUGGAUGAGUUGCUCCAAAAGGGCUAUGGUCUUGGUUCAGGGAUCUCCCUUUUCAUUGCUACCAACAUCUGUGAGACUAUCGUCUGGAAGGCCUUUAGCCCCACGACCGUGAACACAGGAAGAGGCACAGAGUUUGAGGGAGCGAUCAUUGCUCUCUUCCACCUGCUGGCCACUCGGACAGACAAGGUCCGUGCUCUCAGAGAGGCCUUCUACAGACAGAACCUGCCCAACCUCAUGAACCUCAUCGCCACAGUAUUUGUCUUUGCUGUGGUGAUAUACUUUCAGGGAUUCAGGGUGGAUCUGCCCAUCAAAUCCGCUCGCUACCGUGGCCAGUACAACACCUACCCCAUCAAGCUCUUCUAUACCUCCAACAUUCCCAUCAUCCUCCAGUCUGCCUUGGUCUCCAACUUGUAUGUUAUCUCCCAGAUGCUUUCCACACGCUUCAGUGGCAAUUUCCUGGUUAAUCUGCUUGGAACUUGGUCUGACGCAACAUCAGGUGGUCCAGCUCGUGCCUACCCUGUCGGUGGACUCUGUUACUACCUCUCUCCCCCAGAGUCUUUUGGUUCUGUUCUAGAUGACCCAGUCCACGCCGUCAUCUACAUUGCCUUCAUGCUCGGAUCAUGUGCCUUUUUCUCCAAAACCUGGAUUGAAGUCUCUGGCUCCUCUGCUAAAGACGUGGCCAAACAGCUGAAGGAGCAGCAGAUGGUAAUGAGGGGUCACAGGGAAACUUCAAUGGUCCAUGAACUGAACAGGUACAUUCCCACUGCUGCUGCCUUUGGUGGACUAUGUAUCGGUGGUUUAUCAGUAAUGGCUGACUUCCUCGGAGCCAUCGGCUCUGGCACCGGUAUCCUGUUGGCCGUCACCAUCAUCUAUCAGUACUUUGAGAUCUUUGUGAAAGAACAGAGCGAAGUUGGCAGCAUGGGAGCCCUGCUCUUCUAGAACAGCCAAAACCCUCCGAUCUUCUGCCCACUUUUAUUAUGAUUUAUGAUCACCAACUUUGCAUUUAUUUUACAACUGCGUGAAGCUCCUACAUCAUCAGCUUUCCAGUUUCAGGAUGUUUGAGUAAUCAGGACUCUCAGCUGAAAUGGGACUUUGUGAGGUGGUAGGUAGAACUACAUGGCUCGUUGCUCCCUCCACAUAUCUUCCAAAGUAACACAAAGACAGACAUCUCACUUAUACAUCAUCAGAUUUACUAAAUCACUCACCUAAGACUCAUUCAAAGGACUCCUUUGUGUAUGAAAAUGAAGUCCUGUGGGAGUCUGGUUCAUUUUUUUAAGACUGACUAGACAGCGCUUCAUUAUACAGGCAUACUCGACUUGGAAGGUGGUGUUCAGCUCCCUGCUGUGUGCAUACAAGCACUCAACCGUUUGCUUGGUGUUGUCUUAGUUUAUGCCCUUGCUUUAAACUUUAUUUUAUUUUACUCUAAACCUGCCAUCAGGUAAAGGUGUGGACCAGAAGCUGAAUUGCAAGACACUGAGUCAAGUGCUGUAUAUUUUUCACUUUUUUUUUAAUUUGUUUUUUUUAUCCUGUCUUAUAAGUUUUAUUUGAACCGUCUUGCAAGAAGAUUAUGUGGAGCUCAUGUUGGGUUGCACCUGUUAAAAUAAAGACUUCAUUUUAUGUUUGUGAACUGUCAUCUGAUGAACCAGUCCAAAAAAAAAAAAA